CAUCAUCAUCAUCAUCAUAUAAUUAAUGGCCACUGCUGCCACUCCUGUUGUUGGUGCCCAGGUUUGGGUGGAGGAUUCUGAUGUAGCUUGGAUAGAUGGCGAGGUCUUGGAGGUUAAUGGGGAAGACAUAAAAGUACUUUGCACUUCAGGGAAAACGGUUACUGUUAAAGCUUCCAGUGUUUAUCAUAAAGAUACAGAAGCCCCACCAUGUGGAGUGGAUGAUAUGACAAAGCUUGCUUACCUGCAUGAACCUGGUGUCCUAGAUAAUCUGAGAUCAAGAUAUGAUAUCAAUGAAAUUUAUACUUACACGGGGAAUAUAUUGAUUGCUGUGAACCCUUUCAUAAAGCUUCCUCAUUUAUAUGAUAGCCAUAUGAUGGCACAAUAUAAAGGAGCAGGCUUUGGUGAGCUAAGCCCACAUCCUUUUGCUAUUGCUGACGCAGCAUAUAGGCUUAUGAUCAAUGAGGGAAUCAGCCAGUCAAUAUUGGUUAGUGGUGAAAGUGGGGCUGGUAAAACAGAAAGCACAAAGUUACUUAUGCGCUAUCUUGCUUACAUGGGAGGGAGAGCUGCUAAUGCUGCUGAAGGUAGAACUGUCGAGCAGAAAGUCCUGGAGUCCAAUCCUGUUCUAGAAGCCUUUGGAAAUGCAAAGACUGUUAGAAACAACAAUUCGAGUCGUUUUGGUAAGUUUGUGGAGAUUCAAUUUGACCAGAAGGGAAGAAUUUCUGGAGCUGCUAUCAGAACUUACCUGCUGGAAAGAUCACGUGUUUGCCAGUUGUCAGAUCCAGAAAGGAAUUAUCACUGUUUCUAUAUGCUUUGUGCUGCACCUCCAGAGGUUGUUCAGAAAUACAAAUUAGGAAACCCAAGAACAUUUCAUUAUCUAAAUCAAACAAAUUGCUAUGAGUUGGAAGGAGUUGACGAGUUUAAAGAAUAUUGUGAUACAAGGAGAGCAAUGGAUGUUGUUGGAAUAAGUUUUGAAGAGCAGGAAGCUAUAUUUCAAGUGGUUGCUGCAAUUUUACAUCUUGGAAACAUUGAAUUUUCAAAAGGAAAGGAAAUGGACUCGUCUACACCCAAGGAUGAAAAAUCUCGGUUUCAUCUACAGACUGCCGCCGAACUUUUCAUGUGUGAUGCAAAGGCACUUGAAGAUUCUCUUUGCAAGCGUGUAAUUGUUACUCGUGAUGAAACUAUUAUAAAAUGCCUGGAUCCAGAAGCUGCUACAUUGAGCCGAGACGCUUUAGCUAAGAUUGUGUACACGAGGUUGUUUGACUGGCUGGUAGAUAAAAUCAACAAUUCAAUUGGUCAAGAUCCUGACUCGAAGUCCUUAAUCGGUGUGCUGGAUAUUUAUGGUUUUGAGAGUUUCAAGACUAACAGUUUUGAGCAAUUCUGUAUUAAUUUGACCAAUGAAAAGCUCCAGCAACAUUUUAAUCAGCAUGUUUUCAAAAUGGAGCAAGAAGAGUACAAGAAAGAGGAGAUUGAUUGGAGUUACAUUGAAUUUGUUGACAAUCAAGAUAUUUUGGAUCUCAUUGAAAAGAAACCUGGAGGCAUUAUUGCUCUUCUCGAUGAAGCUUGUAUGUUUCCUAGAUCAACAAAUGAAACUUUCGCGCAAAAGCUUUAUCAGACAUUCAAGAACCAUAAAAGGUUCAGCAAGCCCAAAUUGUCACGCAGUGACUUCACGAUUGGCCAUUAUGCUGGCGAUGUCACUUAUCAAACUGAUUUAUUCCUGGACAAGAACAAAGAUUAUGUUGUUGCCGAACAUCAGGCACUUCUGUAUGCUUCCACAUGCCCCUUUGUAUCGGGUUUAUUUGUCCCCUCACCCGAGGAAUCAUCUAAUAAAUCGAAGUUUUCUUCAAUAGGUUCCCGGUUUAAGCAACAAUUACAAGCCCUACUUGAAAUUCUUAGUUCCACUGAGCCACACUACAUUCGUUGUGUUAAACCCAAUAAUCUUCUCAAGCCGGCAAUUUUUGAGCACAAAAAUGUUUUGCAGCAACUGCGCUGUGGAGGUGUCAUGGAGGCAAUCAGGAUAAGCUGCGCUGGGUAUCCCACCAGAAAAACGUUUGAUGAAUUUGUGGAUCGAUUUGGGCUUCUUGCACCUGAAGCUUUGGAUCGUAGUUCUGAUGAGGUUACCGCUUGCAAGCGGAUUUUGGAGAAGGUUGGACUUAAAGGAUAUCAGAUUGGUAAAACCAAAGUGUUUCUUAGAGCUGGUCAAAUGGCAGAACUAGAUACUUGUAGAAGUGAGAUAUUAGGAAAGUCAGCAAGCAUUAUUCAGAGGAAAGUUCGCUCCUAUUUGGCCCGCCGAAGUUUUGUCUCGAUUCGCUUAUCUGCUAUACAGUUACAAGCUGCAUGCAGAGGACAACUUGCUCGGCAAGUAUACGAGGGAUUGCGGCAAGAGGCUUCUAGUCUGAUCAUUCAGAGGUGUUUCCGCAUGCAUAUUGCUAGGAAGGCAUAUACAGAAUUGUACAGCUCGGCUAUUUCUAUUCAAACUGGUAUGCGAGGGAUGGCUGCUCGCUGUGAGCUGCGCUUUAGGAAGCAGACCAGUGCAGCUAUUAUUAUUCAGAGCCACUGCCGGAGAUACUUGGCAUACCAUCAUUUUAAGAACUUAAAGAAGGCAGCAAUUGCCACCCAAUGUGCAUGGAGAGGAAAAGUCGCUCGGCGAGAACUAAAAAAUCUCAAGAUGGCUGCAAGAGAAACUGGAGCUCUCCAAGCUGCCAAAAAUAAGCUUGAAAAGCAAGUUGAAGACCUUACAUUGAGGCUGCAGCUUGAAAAACGCAUUAGGGUUGACAUGGAAGAAGCAAAAAGAAGAGAGAAUGAAAAAUUACAAUCUGCUUUGCAAGAGAUGCAACUUCAGUUCAAAGAAACUAAGUCAUUGCUUCAAAAGGAGCGUGAGGCCUCAAAAAGAGAAGCAGAGAGAGUGCCUGUCAUACAGGAGGUUCCUGUUGUUGAUCAUGGUUUGAUGGAGAAGCUGACUAGUGAAAAUGAGAAACUCAAGACCUUGGUGAGUUCACUGGAAAUGAAAAUCGAUGAAACAGAGAAAAGGUAUGAAGAGGCUAAUAAAAUCAGUGAAGAAAGGUUGAAGCAAGCUUUGGAUGCUGAGUCGAAAAUAAUCCAGUUGAAAACUUCUAUGCAAAGGCUUGAAGAUAAAUUCUUAGAUAUGGAAACCGAAAACCAGGUUCUUCGGCAACAGUCUCUGCUUAACUCAUCUGUGAAAACAAUGUCAGAGCACCUUUCUACCCAUGUAUAUGAGAAGUUGGAAAAUGGUCACCAUAUGGUAGAAGAUCAGAAAGCUGCUGAAACACAGAGUGUCACACCUGUGAAAAAGUUUGGUACAGAAUCUGAUAGCAAAUUAAGGAGAUCCUACAUUGAACGUCAACAUGAAAAUGUUGAUGCCCUUAUCAACUGUGUUAUGAAAAAUAUUGGAUUCCAUCAUGGAAAGCCUGUUGCCGCGUUCACCAUUUACAAAUGUCUUCUCCACUGGAAAUCAUUUGAAGCGGAAAGAACAAGUGUAUUUGAUCGCCUUAUCCAGAUGAUUGGUUCUGCAAUUGAGAAUCAAGAUGACAAUGAUCUAAUGGCCUAUUGGCUGUCAAAUACGUCUGCACUAUUGUUUCUGCUUCAACAAAGUUUAAAAUCUGGUGGUUCAACUGAUUCAACCCCAGUUAGAAAACCACCAAAUCCGACAUCCCUCUUUGGAAGAAUGACUAUGGGUUUUCGAUCAUCUCCUUCUUCUGCCAACCUUCCCGCCCCGUUGGAGGUUGUACGCAAGGUAGAUGCAAAGUAUCCUGCUUUGCUUUUCAAGCAACAGCUCACGGCCUAUGUGGAGAAAAUAUAUGGCAUCUUGCGGGACAACUUGAAGAAAGAGUUGCAAUCAUUUAUUUCAUUAUGUAUCCAGGCCCCAAGAACAUCAAAAGGAGUCUUAAGAUCUGGUCGAUCUUUUAGUAAAGAUUCUCCCAUGGGUCACUGGCAGAGUAUUAUUGAAUCUCUCAAUACCCUUCUCUGCACUAUGAAAGAGAACUUUGUGCCUCCUGUCCUUAUCCAAAAGAUCUUCUCUCAAACGUUUUCAUAUAUUAAUGUUCAACUUUUCAAUAGUCUUCUUCUGCGGCGUGAUUGUUGCACAUUCAGCAAUGGAGAAUAUGUUAAGGCUGGUUUAGCAGAAUUGGAGCUGUGGUGCUGCCAAGCAAAGGAGGAGUAUGCUGGGACAUCUUGGGAUGAGCUCAAACACAUAAGACAGGCAGUUGGAUUCUUGGUUAUUCAUCAGAAGUAUAGGAUUUCCUAUGAUGAAAUCAUCAAUGAUUUAUGCCCUAUCAUGAGUGUUCAGCAGCUGUACAGAGUAUGCACACUUUACUGGGAUGCUAACUACAACACUCGAACCGUAUCUCAAGAUGUCCUUUCAAGCAUGAAGGUACUUAUGGCUGAGGACUCUAAUAAUGCUCAGAGUGAUUCUUUCUUGUUGGACGAUACUUCCAGCAUCCCAUUCUCAGUUGAUGAUCUCUCUACCUCACUGCAAGAGAGAGAUUUUUCUGAGAUGAAACCAGCAGAUGAGCUUCUCGAGAAUCCCGCCUUCCAAUUUUUGAAUGAGUAGGCGGCAAGGGAAGCUUAGUAGUAUACAUUUAUCAUCGUCAUUAAGGAAGGCAACGAAAUCCGUUGCUGGUCCUUGCAUAGUGGUUGUAUAUACAAUUCUUUUUUCUUUCUACAUAAUUUUGUUUUCAUUUUACCAUCCUGCUGCAUCUUGUUUAUCAUGUCCCUGCAUCGCGUGGCCCUGAUGUAAAGUUAUUUUUUCAUUCUUUUCUUGACAUUCAAUUGUAAAAUCUUCAUUUUAAAGAGGGGUAGGGAUAUUAUUAAGAUUAGUGAGCUUGCCUCGUACGUCCAUUUUCGUGAUUCUGGUUUAAUCUAGCCGGAAAACCAUUAAAAAGUGAAGCUGAGCUGCUUAUAAUUGUGUUUGUGGUCGAAGCUCACUUUCCACUUUUUGUCUUGCUGUGUAAAGUGAUAAGAAUGAACAUUUACACAUAAUGAAUAGAUUGUUCAUAUUCUGGAGUCUGAA